GCACCUUUCACAAACUUUAUGAAUGGAAGAAAAUGCUACAUAAUUAAAGUUAGACAAAAGUUAUUCAUGUUUUUAAUGAUUUGCAUUAAAAAUAUCAUUAAAGCAACAUGUGAAUGCUCCUCCAUAUUGUAAGGUAUGCUUUUGUCACAAAUCCAAUUUUUUAAAACUUUUUUUAAACCCUCCUGUUCUCAUUCGACACAAAUAAAAUGGUCCCCUUAAAAGCUUUUCAUAGAAAUAUUAUGUAUCAACAUAUUUUUUUUAUAAAUGAAUGGCAUUUUUAAGAAGUAUUAACAACUUUUCUGCAAUUUUAACCUUUCAAAUGGCAGUUUUAGCAACUGAAAUCUCUUACUCUAAAAAAAGUGCUUCUUCCUCUUAUUCAAUAUAUACAAAUAAAAAAAACAAAAGCUGUAAAAGGUUGCUUAUUAUUUCCCCUCUUAUCUAUGAAAUCUGGUAGAUUUACAGGUAAAUGAAAAAAUAAUGAAACUUUAAAGGAAUUUCAGCAGCAGGCAAUGGGGAAAAAAACAAACAAUACAAAUUGCACAAAAAGUACAGAAGGAACACAGAGUUGCCGUUUCAGAUGUGAAAGACUCGAAGGAACAAAAACAUCAAAAAAUAAAUUUCACCCAAAAAUACACAGUCUGCUGAAAUUUUAAGAUAAGAAUAAAAUCAUUUAAAAAACAUCCAGAGAAUAAUGAGGGAUCCUUCUUUAGCAACAAUCCCAACUUUUCUCUUGCAAAUCUUCAUCUACUGAUACUCUGCAGUGUCCCGGCUGUGUAAUUUGGAUACAGUUCUCUCUUUGCAGAAAUUGCUGACCAUGAGGAGUGUGAGUGUGUGUUUCUGCCUGGCUCUGCUGCUGCCUUGGUGUGUUCAGAGCCAGAUGAGCCGCCCAUCCCUCGCCCAGCUUGACGAGGACACACAAAGAGACAUCCUGGCCGUCGACAUCCUGAACCGCAACGGUGUGUUGAACUCACUGCUCCGCUCAGAGCAUCACCUGGUACUCAGGCAGGCAAGAGCCCCACGCCCAGCUUCCCGGGUGCCCAAGAGAGCUCAGCAGGGCUCCCGCUUCGCCCUUUCCCUGGAUGUCCCCACCAGCAUCCUCAGCGUCCUCAUAGACCUCGCCAAGAACCAGGACAUGAGGACCAAAGCAGCGGCCAAUGCAGAACUCAUGGCAAGAAUAGGCAAGAGGAAAUGAACAUAGCCGGGGGGGGGGGGGGGGGAUCCAGAGCCGGCCCAAGACAUAGGCAAAUAAAGCUGCAGCUAAGGCUUCAAAACCAUCAGGGGUGCCCCCAGAAAGCUUUUAUUUGCAAAGAGAACACAGGUCUUAAAUUUCAUUUUUAAAUAUUAACAAUUAGUAUACUCUUAUGUCUGCUCAGACAGUUUGAGACUUAAAAAAUAUUCAAAUGUAAAUUCAAAAUCCAAAUUCAAAAUACAUUUUAGAUUUAAACAUUGUUUUCUUAUGACCAUUUAAUUUUGUUUAUUAUUUUAUUUCAAUUGUAAAUAAGUAGUGCAGUGCAGUUCAACAUUUCUGCCAUGAAGGCCCAAAUAUUUAUUUUAGCUGUACGGGUAGACCCAAAAAUGUUUUUUGUUUUUUUUAAAUGGGAAUAAUUUUACUCAAAUUUUUUUCACCUCCUCAACAAUAACCUAUUGAAUGAUAUGAACAAUGUGAACAAUAUGAAAGUCAGAUUUUUGUAGAAAAAGGAUCAUUGUAGAAUUAGAUCAUCAAAAUGAUCACAGUAUUCUCAGCUGCAGGAACAGGAUAUGGCUCACUCUAGUCUGAUGAAUAGUUGGGCCCAAGUCUGCUUUUAGAUUAAACUUAACAAAUGCAAUAAAAGCAAAAAACAGGGUUAAUAAACAAUCACUAAUCUGUGUCAUACCCAAAAUUUUCCAUUUAAAUAAGAUUUUAAGAUUUCUCUGCAAUGUUUUUGAAAAUUCUACGCUAAAAAUAAAAAAAUUAAAAACAAAGGCAAUCUGCAUCAACCGCCUGUGCUUGGGGGCCAAAUUUAAACCGUCCUUGAAUUUUGGUCACGAGCCUCAUAAAUCUUUCUAAAGUAAAAUCAUUCACAUGGCCCCAGGAUCACACUUUAGACACCACUGUGCUAGAUGUAAAUAUACAUGCCCCUCCUUCCCUACCAAAUCUGUAUUGAAACUCUGUUACUAAUGGCUGGUUGUUGAUGGGCUUGACAGGAAGUAGACCCCCCGAAUCAAAUUCUGCUCAAGGCCCUAUACAACCUUGGGCCGGCUCUGGGAAAAUCUAAAAUGAGACUUUGUGACAUAGAUCUUUGUUUCAAACUAGGUAAAACCUGUCAUUAAGAUCAGUGUUUGUUCUAUUCAACAUUUUCUACUUGUGCUAAAUAACUUAAACUUCACUUCCUGAAGUGACUUUGGAAUCCAAAUAUUCUCACAGAUUGAUGUAAAUAAGUCACAUGCACAUGAUGCUCCAAACCGUGUAAACAUUGGUGGAAGAGGCUGGCGUUUUGUUAGAAACAUUACCCGCCACCGGGCCAUGCACUGUGGUGGGAAACUGCGUCUCUUGUGUUUGCAUGUGUGAUCUUAAGUUGAAGGAAAAAGUUGUUCAAUUAAAUCCAAUGUGAUGAUCAUG